CGCCUCCCGCCGUUCUGCCCGGAAAUAUCCGAGCCAGAACAGAACCUGCGCGCGCGGUCUUCGCACUCCCCUUGCCUUUCUCGCCCCGCCUCCUUCCCUCGUGCAAUCUCCUCCUCUCUCUCCCUCCGCCUUUCCCCCUCAGCAAAAUGGCGGCACGUAGAGGCCUUAGCAGCCAGUGAGUGACUCGCCUUCUCCUUCUCCUUCUCCUCCUCCUCUUCCUCGGUGGCCGCCAAACUCUUUUGCAUCAGACUGUCGCCUCCUCAUCUUUCCUCCUAUCCCGAAAUCACUUUUACAACCCCGUCUUCUCCCUCCCCCCGCUCCCCUUUACGAUUAUUCCUUCCUUUCCUCCCCCUUCUGUCACACUCAGGUACCCAUCCCCCCCCCACCGGCCUCUUCCCCUCCCCCUCCCCCAUUCGCCAUCAAUCAAUCAGCGGCGACCGAGAGCGGAUCAAUCAAUGGUCGGGAGGAGGAGGCGGCGGCGGCUGCUGCUGUUUAAUGAACAAUGUGUGAGAGCUGUGCUGAGCUGCUGGAGGUGUUAAAUGAGAUAUCAGAUACUGAUGGUGGUGAUGGCUUGCAACUCAGAAAGGAGCAUGCACUCAAGAUUUUUGCUUAUAUCAAUUCUUGGACGCAAAGGCAGUGUCUAUGCUGUUUCAAGGAAUAUAAGCAUUUGGAGAUUUUCAACCAAGUUGUGUGUGCACUUAUAAAUCUAGUGAUUGCUCAAGUACAGGCUCUUCGGGACCAGCUGUGUAAACAUUGCACUAUUAACUUAGGUUCAACAUGGCAAGAUGAAAAUAAUGCAUCUGAUGAGCCACUGAAUGUAGAAAGAGAAACUCGUGGAGAAGAAGAGAAUGAAGAUAGACACAAAAGUACAGAAGAAAAAAUAGAUUCUGGGAGAACUUGUAUCCUGACAGAAGAAGAAUCUGCAGAAGGUUCUGAUACCUUUAGCAUAUGGAGCACUGAGGAGAAGGAAAAACUAUUGCUUUGUGUUGCAAAGAUCUUUCAGAUCCAGUUUCCUCUGUAUACUGCCUACAAGCAUAAUACACAUCCCACAAUAGAGGAUAUUUCUGCACAAGAAAGCAAUAUAUUAGGGGCAUUCUGUGACAUGAAUGAUGUAGAAGUACCAUUGCACUUGCUUCGCUAUGUUUGCUUAUUUUGUGGAAAAAAUGGCCUAUCCCUCAUGAAGGACUGUUUUGAAUAUGGAACUCCGGAAACUUUGCCAUUUCUCAUAGCGCAUGCAUUUAUCACUGUGGUUUCUAAUAUCAGAAUAUGGCUGCACAUCCCUGCUGUCAUGCAACACAUUAUACCCUUUAGGACCUAUGUCAUCAGGUAUUUAUGCAAACUGUCGGACCAGGAGUUAAGACAGAGUGCAGCUCGUAAUAUGGCAGAUUUAAUGUGGAGCACAGUUAAAGAGCCAUUAGAUACUGCCUUGUGUUUUGAUAAAGAGAGUCUUGAUCUUGCUUUUAAGUACUUUAUGUCACCAACCUUAACCAUGAGAUUGGCUGGACUUAGUCAAAUAACAAAUCAACUUCAUACUUUCAAUGAUGUGUGUAAUAAUGAAUCCUUGGUUUCAGAUACAGAAACAUCCAUUGCUAAAGAACUUGCAGAUUGGCUAAUCAACAACAACGUAGUGGAACAUAUUUUUGGACCAAAUUUGCAUAUUGAGAUCAUUAAACAGUGCCAAGUGAUUCUUAAUUUUCUUGCUGCUGAAGGCCGGCUUAGUACUCAGCAUAUAGACUGCAUAUGGGCUGCAGCACAGUUGAAGCAUUGUAGCCGCUAUAUACAUGACUUGUUUCCUUCAUUGAUCAAGAACCUGGAUCCUGUGCCACUCAGACAUCUUCUUAAUUUAGUUUCCAUCCUUCAUCCAAGUGCACAUACCGAACAGACUUUAUAUUUGGCAUCCAUGCUCAUUAAAGCAUUGUGGAAUAAUGCUCUAGCAGCUAAGGCCCAACUAUCAAAGCAGAGUUCUUUUGCAUCUUUACUUAGUACAAACUUACCCAUGGGAAAUAAAAAAGAGGAAGAAGAGCUUCGAAGAGCAGCUCCAUCACCAUGGUCGCCUGCAGCAAGCCCUCAAAGCAGUGACAACAGCGAUACUCAUCAGAGUGGAGGAAGUGACAUUGAAAUGGAGGAACAACUGAUUAGAAAUAAGCAUGUCCAACAGCGACUCUCUGAUACAGAGGAAUCAAUGCAGGGAAGUUCUGAUGAAACAGCAAAUAGUGGUGAAGAUGGCAGCAGUGGGCCUGGUAGCAGCAGUGGUCACAGUGAUGGAUCAAGCAAUGAGGCAAACUCUAGCCAUGCAAGCCAAUCUGCAGGAAGCCCAGGCAGUGAGGUGCAGUCAGAAGAUAUUGCAGAUAUCGAAGCUCUCAAGGAAGAGGAAGAGGAAGAAGAUGAAGACCAGAGUCACAAUUCCCCCAAAACUAGUCGGAAUGUAGAUUUGCGAAGCCGAAAAAUAGAAUCUCAAUCAGGCAUUUGCUUGGGAGAUGCACAGGAAGCAACAGAUAGGAAUGGUGUAAACAAUGGAUCUGGGAAUAGCCAUGUUUUUAAUAGUGAAGCUGUUCCAUCAGUGGAUAAUAGAAUUAGAAUGCUAGAUCCCUGUUCACACUCAGAGAAUACUGAUCAUGAUAUAACUGGUGAAAUGAGUACUGCUCAUAUAUCCCAGGGUUCUCAAGAUUCCUGUAUCACACACACAGGGGACUUUCUUGGAGAAGCAAUUGGAAAUGAAUUAUUUAACUGUCGACAAUUUAUUGGGCCACAACACCAUCACCACCACCACCAUCACCACCAUCAUCACCACCACCACCACCACCAUCAUGAAGGACACAUGGUUGAUGAUAUGUUAAGUGCUGAUGAUGUCAGUUGUAGCAGCAGUCAAGUCAGUGCAAAAUCAGAGAAAAAUAUGGCAGAUUUUGAUGGGGAAGAAUCAGGAUGUGAAGAAGAGCUGGUACAGAUAAACUCACAUGCAGAACUAACUUCUCAUCUUCAGCAGCACCUUCCAAAUCUUGCUUCCAUUUAUCAUGAGCAUCUCAGCCAAGGGCCAGCAGUUCAUAAGCACCAGUACAACAGCAACGCAGUGACAGAUAUUAACUUGGAUAAUGUUUGUAAGAAGGGAAAUACCCUUUUGUGGGAUCUGGUCCAGGAUGAAGAUGCAAUACAUCUUUCUGAAGGUUUAAUAAAUGAAGCAGAGAAGCUUUUAUGUUCACUAGUAUGUUGGUUUACUGAUAGACAAAUUCGUAUGAGGUUCAUCGAAGGCUGUCUUGAAAAUUUAGCAAAUAACAGAUCAGUUGUAGUUUCUCUUCGUCUUCUCCCAAAAUUAUUCGGUACAUUUCAACAAUUUGGGAGCAGUUAUGAUACACAUUGGAUUACAAUGUGGGCUGAAAAAGAACUUAAUAUGAUGAAGCUUUUCUUUGAUAAUUUGAUAUACUACAUUCAAGCAGUCAGAGAAAGACGGCAUAAACACACAUUAUACAGCCAUAGCGCAGAGGUUCAGGUGCGUCUUCAGUUUCUGACAUGUGUCUUUUCCACUCUGGGAUCACCAGAUCAUUUCAGAUUGAGUCUGGAACAAGUUGAUGUACUAUGGCACUGCUUAGUUGAAGAUUCUGAAUGUUAUGAUGAUGCUCUACACUGGUUCUUAAAUCAAGUAAGAAGUAAAGAUCAGCAUGCUAUGGGAAUGGAAACCUACAAGCAUCUUUUUUUAGAAAAGAUGCCUCAGCUGAAGCCUGAAACAAUUAGUAUGACUGGAUUAAACUUGUUUCAGCAUUUAUGUAAUUUGGCUCGAUUGGCUACUAGUGCAUAUGAUGGUGGUUCAAACUCAGAGUUGUGUGGUAUGGACCAAUUCUGGGGCAUUGCUUUAAGAGCUCAAUCUGGAGAUGUGAGCCGGGCAGCUAUACAGUACAUUAAUUCCUAUUAUAUUAAUGGUAAAACAGGUCUGGAGAAAGAACAGGAAUUUAUUAGCAAGUGCAUGGAAAGCCUAAUGAUAGCAUCUAGUAAUCUAGAGCAAGAUUCUCAUUCCAGUCUUACCAUUAUUGAACGAGGACUUCUCAUGCUUAAAACUCAUUUAGAAGCUUUUCGGAGAAGGUUUGCAUAUCAUCUGAGGCAAUGGCAAAUAGAAGGCACUGGCAUCAGCAGCCAUUUAAAAGCAUUGAGUGAUAAACAAUCACUACCUCUCAGAAUUGUUUGUCAACCAGCUGGACUUCCUGACAAAAUGACCAUUGAAAUGUAUCCAAGUGAUCAGGUGGCAGAUUUAAGAGCUGAGGUUACGCAUUGGUAUGAAAAUUUGCAGAAAGAACAGUUGAAUCAGCAAGCACAUCUGCAAGAAUUUGGUCAAAUCAGUAGAAAAGGAGAUUUUCCAGGGGGUCUCAUGGGCCCUGUAAGAAUGAUUUCUUCUGGACAUGAACUAACAACUGACUAUGAUGAAAAAACUCUUCAUGAAUUGGGGUUUAAAGAUAUGCAGAUGGUCUUUGUGUCCUUGGGUGCUCCAAGGAGAGAGCGAAAAGGGGAAGGAGUUCAGCUUCCAGCAUCCUGCUUGCCAGCACCUCAGAAGGACAACAUCCCAAUGCUCUUACUUCUGCAAGAGCCUCAUCUUACCACCCUGUUUGAUUUGCUAGAAAUGCUUGCUUCCUUUAAGCCUCCACCCGCAGAAGUGGCUAUGGAAGAUAGUGAGAGUGCAAAAUGUGAAGAACUCCACCUUCAUGCAGAAAAUCUAUCAAGGCGAGUUUGGGAGUUGUUAAUGCUAUUGCCUACAUGUCCUAAUAUGCUUCAGGCAUUUCAAAAUAUUUCAGAUGAUCAGAGCAAUGAUGGAUUCAGCUGGAAAGAUCUUUUAAGAAUAAAAAGUGCCCAUAAACUUUUGUAUGCCCUUGAAAUAAUCGAAGCGCUUGGAAAACCCAAUAGAAGAAUAAGACGGGAAUCUACGGGAAGUUAUAGUGAUCUUUAUCCAGAUUCUGAUGAUUCAAGUGAAGAUCAAAUAGAAAAUAGUAAAAACACUUGGAGUUGCAAGUUUGUGGCUUCUGGAGGUCUUCAGCAGCUCUUGGAAAUAUUUAAUUCGGGAAUUUUAGAACCUAAAGAACAGGAAUCAUGGACAGUUUGGUUAUUAGAUUGUCUGGCUUGCUUGCUGAAGUUGAUAUGCCAGUUUGCUGUGGAUCCUUCAGAUUUGGAUUUAGCUUAUCAUGAUGUUUUUGCCUGGUCUGGAGUAGCAGAGAAUCACAGGAAAAGAACUUGGCCAGGAAAAUCACGGAAAACUGCAGGAGAUCAUACAAAAGGCCUUCACAUACCCCGUUUAACAGAGGUAUUUCUUGUACUUGUCCAGGGAACCAGUUUGAUUCAGCGACUUAUGUGUGUUGCUUAUACAUAUGACAACUUGGCGCCUAGGGUGUUGAAAGCUCAAGCUGAUCAUAGGUCAAGACAUGAAGUUACUCACUAUUCAAUGUGGUUGCUAGUGAGUUGGGCUCACUGUUGCUCUUUAGUAAAAUCCAACCUAGCAGAUAGUGAUAAUUUACAUGAUUGGCUGAAGAAACUUACUCUUCUAAUUCCAGAGACUGCAGUUCGCCAUGAAUCUUGUAAUGGUCUCUAUAAAUUAUCACUGUCAGGGUUGGAUGGAGGGGACUCCAUAAAUAGGUCUUUCCUGCUGCUAGCUGCCUCAACCCUGCUUAAAUUUCUUCCUGAUGCCCAGGCUCUGAAACCUAUUAAGAUUGAGGAUUAUGAAGAAGAACCCAUUUUACAGCCUGGCUGUAAAGAAUAUUUCUGGUUGCUGUGCAAACUAAUAGAUAAUAUACAUGUAAAAGAUGCUAGUCAGACAACUUUACUUGAUUUAGAUGCCUUAGCAAGACAUUUGGCUGAUUGUAUUAGAAGCAGAGAAAUUCUUGAUCAUCAAGAUGGUAAUACUGAAGAUGAUGGUCUUACAGGUCUCCUACGUUUAGCAACAAGUGUUAUCAAACAUAAACCACCUUUUAAAUUUUCCCGAGAGGGGCAGGAAUUCUUAAGAGAUAUCUUUAACCUUCUGUUCUUAUUGCCAAGUCUAAAAGAUCGACAACAGCCAAAAUGCAAGUCACAUUCUUCAAGGGCUGCUGCUUAUGACUUAUUGGUAGAAAUGGUAAAAGGUUCUGUUGAAAACUACAGGCUCCUCCAUAACUGGGUUAUGGCACAACAUAUGCAGUCUUCUCAUGCACCUUAUAAAUGGGAUUAUUGGCCACAUGAUGAUGUUAGAGCUGAAUGCAGGUUUGUGGGAUUAACCAACCUUGGAGCGACUUGUUACUUGGCAUCAACAAUUCAACAAUUAUAUAUGAUUCCAGAAGCCAGACAAGCCAUUUUUACUGCAAAGUAUUCUGAGGAUAUGAAACACAAGACUACUCUUUUAGAACUUCAGAAAAUGUUCACGCAUUUAAUGGAAAGUGAAUGUAAAGCAUAUAAUCCAAGGCCAUUCUGCAAAACCUACACCAUGGAUAAACAGCCACUAAAUACUGGUGAACAAAAGGACAUGACAGAAUUUUUUACAGAUCUUAUAACAAAAAUUGAGGAAAUGUCUCCAGAAUUGAAGAAUACUGUGAAAAGCUUGUUUGGAGGUAUUAUCACAAACAAUGUUGUUUCUCUGGACUGUGAACAUGUUAGCCAAACUGCUGAAGAAUUCUAUACAGUAAGAUGUCAAGUAGCAGAUAUGAAGAAUAUUUAUGAAUCUCUUGACGAAGUUACUAUUAAAGAUACCCUGGAAGGUGAUAACAUGUAUACUUGUUCACACUGUGGGAAAAAAGUACGGGCUGAAAAAAGGGCAUGUUUUAAGAAAUUACCUCGAAUCUUAAGCUUUAAUACAAUGAGAUACACUUUUAACAUGGUUACUAUGAUGAAGGAAAAGGUCAACACACACUUCUCAUUUCCUUUACGUUUGGAUAUGACCCCUUAUACUGAAGAUUUUCUCAUGGGAAAAAAUGACAGAAAAGAAGGUUUCAAGGACGAUGGCAGUAGUUCAAAGGAGACCAAGAGUUAUGAGUAUGAUUUGAUAGGUGUAACUGUCCAUACAGGAACUGCUGAUGGAGGGCAUUACUACAGCUUUAUCCGAGAUAUUGUUAAUCCACACGCUUACAAAAACAACAAGUGGUAUCUGUUCAAUGAUGCUGAAGUAAAGCCGUUUGAUUCUGCUCAGUUGGCUUCUGAAUGUUUUGGUGGAGAAAUGACAACGAAAACCUAUGACUCUGUCACCGAUAAAUUUAUGGAUUUCUCUUUUGAAAAGACUCACAGUGCAUACAUGCUCUUCUAUAAACGAAUGGAACCAGAAGAAGAAAAUGGCAAAGAUUAUACAUUUGAUGUUUCUUCUGAAUUACUAGAAUGGAUAUGGCAUGAUAACAUGCAGUUCCUUCAGGAUAAGAAUAUUUUUGAGCAUACAUAUUUUGGAUUUAUGUGGCAGUUGUGUAGUAGCAUCCCCAGCACAUUACCAGAUCCAAAAGCAGUUUCUCUGAUGACAGCCAAGUUAAGCACUUCUUUUGUCCUUGAAACAUUUAUCCAUUCAAAAGAAAAGCCCACAAUGCUUCAGUGGAUUGAACUGUUAACUAAGCAAUUUAACAACAGCCAAGCUGCUUGUGAGUGGUUUCUUGAUCGUAUGGCUGAUGAUGACUGGUGGCCUAUGCAGAUUUUAAUUAAAUGCCCCAAUCAGAUUGUAAGACAGAUGUUUCAGCGUUUGUGCAUUCAUGUGAUUCAGCGGCUAAGGCCAGUCCAUGCUCAUCUCUACCUACAGCCAGGACUAGAAGACUGUUCAGAUGACAUGGAUGGUCCUGUGGAAGAUAUUGGUAGUCGCUCAUGUGUGACUCGUUUUGUGAAGACACUGUUGUCAAUUAUGGAACAUGGUGUUAAACCUCACAGUAAACAUCUCACAGAAUACUUUGCCUUUCUUUAUGAAUUUGCCAAAAUGGGAGAAGAGGAGAGCCAGUUUUUGCUUUCUCUGCAAGCAAUUUCAACAAUGGUUCAUUUCUAUAUGGGAACUAAAGGUCCUGAAAAUCCCCAAGUUGAGGUACUAUCAGAAGAAGAAGGAGAAGAGGAGGAGGAGGAGGAAGACAUUCUUUCUUUAGCAGAAGAAAAAUAUAGGCCUGCUGCACUUGAAAAGAUGAUUGCUCUGAUAGCUCUUUUGGUAGAACAGUCUCGAUCAGAGAGGCAUUUGACUUUAUCCCAAAAUGAUAUGGCAGCAUUAACUGGAGGCAAGGGUUUUCCUUUCUUAUUCCAACAUAUUCGAGAUGGAAUCAAUAUUAGGCAGACCUGCAAUCUUAUUUUCAGUCUUUGUCGAUAUAACAACAGACUUGCAGAACAUAUCGUAUCCAUGCUUUUCACAUCUAUAGCCAAGUUGACUCCUGAGGCAGCCAAUCCUUUUUUCAAGUUAUUAACUAUGCUUAUGGAAUUUGCUGGUGGACCUCCAGGAAUGCCACCAUUUGCAUCAUAUAUUCUCCAAAGGAUAUGGGAGGUGAUUGAGUACAACCCAUCUCAAUGUCUGGAUUGGCUAGCAGUGCAGACACCACGAAAUAAGCUUGCCCACAGUUGGGUCCUGCAGAAUAUGGAAAACUGGGUAGAACGCUUUCUUUUGGCUCAUAACUAUCCUAGAGUGAGAACCUCUGCAGCCUAUCUUCUUGUCUCUCUUAUUCCAAGCAAUUCAUUCCGACAAAUGUUCCGAUCUACCCGCUCACUCCAUAUCCCUACUCGAGAUCUUCCCCUUAGUCCAGAUACUACAGUUGUUCUUCAUCAAGUUUAUAAUGUGUUGCUUGGACUGCUCUCAAGAGCUAAGCUUUAUGUUGAUGCUGCUGUGCAUGGAACUACAAAACUGGUACCCUACUUCAGUUUUAUGACUUACUGCUUGAUCUCCAAAACAGAAAAACUAAUGUUUUCUACUUAUUUCAUGGAUUUGUGGAACCUCUUUCAGCCUAAACUUUCUGAGCCUGCUAUUGCUACCAACCAUAAUAAGCAGGCCCUGCUCUCUUUCUGGUACAAUGUCUGCGUUGACUGCCCUGAGAACGUGCGCCUUAUUGUGCAGAAUCCAGUGGUGACCAAGAACAUUGCCUUCAAUUACAUCCUAGCAGAUCACGAUGACCAGGAUGUGGUGCUUUUUAACCGUGGGAUGCUACCUGCCUACUAUGGCAUUCUGCGGCUAUGCUGUGAACAAUCCCCCGCAUUUACCAGACAGUUGGCUUCUCAUCAAAAUAUCCAGUGGGCAUUCAAGAAUCUCACACCACAUGCCAGCCAAUAUCCUGGGGCAGUGGAAGAACUAUUUAAUCUCAUGCAACUCUUUGUAGCUCAAAGGCCUGAUAUGAGAGAGGAAGAACUGGAAGACAUUAAGCAAUUUAAAAAAACGACUAUAAGCUGUUACCUUCGCUGCUUAGAUGGACGGUCAUGCUGGACUACUUUAAUAAGUGCCUUCCGAAUAUUAUUAGAAACUGACGAGGAUCGGCUUCUUGUCAUAUUUAACAGAGGCUUAAUCCUGAUGACUGAGUCCUUCAAUACUCUGCACAUGAUGUACCAUGAAGCCACAGCUUGCCAUGUAACUGGAGAUCUGGUUGAGCUUCUGUCCAUAUUUCUUUCCGUCCUCAAAUCCACUCGGCCAUAUCUGCAAAGAAAAGAUGUGAAACAAGCCCUUAUCCAAUGGCAGGAGCGGAUAGAAUUUGCCCAUAAACUUUUAACUUUGCUAAAUUCCUACAGUCCUCCGGAACUUAGAAAUGCUUGUAUAGAUGUUCUCAAGGAACUGGUGCUGUUAAGCCCUCAUGAUUUUCUGCACACUUUAGUUCCUUUUCUCCAGCAUAACCAUUGCACAUACCAUCAUAGCAACAUACCAAUGUCUCUUGGUCCUUAUUUCCCAUGCCGUGAAAAUCUGAAGUUGAUAGGAGGCAAAAGUAAUAUUCGCCCACCUCGCCCUGAACUUAAUAUGUGCCUUUUGCCUACGAUGGUAGAAGCUAACAAGGGUAAAGAUGAGGUUUAUGACCGUAUGCUACUAGAUUACUUUUUUUCAUACCACCAGUUCAUCCAUCUCUUAUGCCGAGUUGCCAUCAACUGUGAGAAAUUCACAGAAACCUUAGUGAAAAUGAGUGUUCUUGUUGCAUAUGAAGGCUUACCUCUUCAUCUAGCUUUGUUUCCCAAACUUUGGACUGAGCUUUGUCAAAGUCAGUCUUCUAUGUCAAAGAAUUGCAUCAAGCUCCUGUGUGAAGAUCCUGUGUUUGCAGAGUAUAUUAAAUGCAUCCUAAUGGAUGAGAGGACAUUUCUUAACAACAACAUUGUUUACACUUUCUUAACUCAUUUUCUUCUCAAGGUACAAGGACAAGUGUUUUCCGAAGCAAAUUGUGCUGGAAUAAUCAAUAAUCUGAUUACAAAUUUGAUCAACCAGUAUCAGAAUCUGGAAUCAGAAUUUUCCAAUCAGCGAGUUGAAAUUUUUAAAGCAAGUUCCACUUUAAAUGGGGACCUUCGAGCUCUCACUUUACUGCUUUCUGUGCACACCCCCAAACAGUUGAAUCCUGCCCUAAUACCUACUUUGCAAGAGCUACUAAACAAAUGCAAAACUUGUCAACAGCAAAAAAGCUCAUUGCAGGAACAAGAAGCCAAAGAACGAAAAACUAAAGAUGAUGAGGGAGCCACUCCAGUAAAAAGAAGACGGGUUAGCAGUGAUGAGGAGCAUACAGUAGACAGUUGCAUCAGUGAUUUGAAAAAUGAACCUAGGGAAGCCUUGACUCCAACCAGCACCUCAGAUAAUGAGACAAGAGACUCCUCCAUCAUUGACCCAGGCACAGAACAGGACCUGCCUUCCCCUGAAAAUAAUUCUAUUAAGGAGUACCGUAUGGAAGUUCCCUCUUCAUUUUCUGAAGAUAUGAUGCUAGCUACUCAUUCACACCAUGGGGAGGAGCAGCUGGGCAGUGGGAGAUUUGAAGAAUGUAAAGAUCUGAAAGAGCCAUCAAGCUCCAAGGAUUCUCACAUUAUUGAGGAUGAUACAGAGUUCCCCUCCACAUCUAUUUCUGCUGUUCUUUCUGACCUCACAGAUUUGAAGAACUCUGAAAGUCAAGCUUCCCAGGACCCUGAGUCUGGCUUAUCACUUAGUUGCAGCCAUUCCAGAGGACUGUUGAGUCACAUGCAGCAGCAACAUCAAGACAUUUUAGACAUCCUUUGCAGGACCAUUGAAUCAACAAUUCAUGUGGUUACGAGGAUAUCUGGCAAAGGAAACCCAGCUGCUUCUUGACAGUAGAGGAGCAUGCGUGCUUUUAAAGUCUUUUUUUCUCCCUUUUAAAAAUGCUGUUUGUAUAAGUUCUGCUUAUUUCUGUUUUGUGCUUCAGUUUGUCCAGUGCUUUCUGCUUGAAUGGCAAGAUGAAAUUUAUAUGCUUAAUUGGUCAGGCAGAACUUCAAAUUAAAAAAAUUAUUUUGCAUCUACCGUAUGUUUUCUUAAAGGGCAAUCAAAUAAUGAAUAUGUUUAUGUAAUUCAAAGUUCACUGUGGUGGCUUUCAUUUAAUAUGCCUGUCUUGGAGAGCAGGGACUCUUUGCCCUGUAUGAUGUAAUUGAAAUUUAACUGCAUUUUUACGGUGUAUAAUAUGGUGUCCUCUGUGCCAGUUUUGUACCUUACAAAAGAGGCAGCUUGCCUCCAAUUGCUGUGGUUCUUAUUAUCAAAAUUAAGUUUACUUGUAUACUAAACAACCACAAAAAAUUGAUUCUAUAAAGAAUCCUCUUUAGCUGUGGCCUGACAGUAUACACAUACAAAUACACACACACACACGAAUAUAUAUAUAUAUAUAUAUAUAUAUAUAUAUAUAUAUAUAUAUAUAUUAGUGCUUUAUUUAACAGAAUACCUGUGAUGAAAAUAAAGCACAUUUGAUGUAAAAUUAAUUGUUUUAUUUUUAUUGACAUGACCAAUUGCUAUUCUGUGCACUUCAUUAAACUGAUUGUGAUGACUUUUCAUUUGUUUUUAUAUAUGUUGCCUCUGUAGUCCAUUAUUUCCUUGCCAGAAAUAGGAGCUCAGAGAGGUGUGUGCACGCUUCCCAGCUGCUCUCUUCCCUGACAUCCAUGGACUGUUGAAGAAUGGACAGGGCUAUUUAGAAUAUUCUAUACUUACCUAUAUAUCCCUGUGAAGUCCCUAGUGAAGCCAGUACUCCUCUGAGUCUCACAUGUGGUGAUAUAUUUUACAUUUUGGAUACUUCUUUUGUCUGUAACUAUUUUUUAAUAAAGCAAUGAAUACAUCUGAGUGAAUGUCAGAGGAUGUAUCAUGCAUUCAGAAGAAAAAAAUGGAAAAUUAAUAAAGGAUUACAAAUACACAUUUUACAGGAAUUGCAUUGUAUGUCAUCCAACUACAUGACAACUUCAAAAUGAAAAUUAAAUAUCAGAUUAUGAUAAUAGUAAAAGUAGUAGCAGUAUAUUUAAAAUAGGGUUUUCACCCCUAUAUUGAGCAAAUGCAGAUAGAUUCUGAAGGGGGCUAUAUAAUGUAUGUCAGUUCAGUUCACUAUACUAGUGGUUAAUAUGUGCAUACCUAAAAGUAAGCAUAAUUCUAUUAUUUUAAAAGGUAUCCAGAUUUGAAGCCAAGAAAAUCUUCAGUGAAGAUGUAAAAGAGACCAGAAGGAGUGAAAUUAGAAGAGGUGCUUUAGCAGCAUAAUAUACCAAAAGUGUUUUAAAGAGUUCUUGAAUACUUAAAAAAAUAUUUGGAUAUUUAUAAAUCAAGAGAAAAUAGUUAUCUUUUUUCUUACCAGAGGAAUGGAUAAAACGGUAAAUAGAGUGCAUGAGAGGUUAAUGUGCAUUUUUAAUAAGAUUUGUUUAAUGCUCUGAAUUAUUAAAAAAAAUCUGUCAAAUAAAAUUGAAUAAUAACAUCAAUGAAAAAAUACUUUGUAGUCUUUAUUUUAAAAAGCUUAAACUAAAUUGGUUUAUAAUUACACUGUAUAAAAUAGACAUUUUGAAUAUCAGAAAGUAGUAUAAUUCAUGAUUGGUAGCAUACCAUUAAUAAAUAUUCAGAAGUGUUUGAAAUGAUAAUAAUCCUUCACUGAUUAAAGGAAAGAAGCAUUCAAAUAAUUAGCCAUUCCCUAUCCAUACAUGGAAGAGCGAGGAUUAUGUCAUCAACAUUACUAGGCCUGCCCUUUUUCUACCAACUUCAUUGGAGAUUUUACCUAUGAUAAUGCGUUCUUUAUCUUUCCAAGUUCUGUAUUUUCUUUUAAAACUACAUUUUCACCUGUAAUGGCCAAGUGACUACAGCAACAACCAAAAAAUAUUCCCCCCCCCCCCCCCGGCCCGGCUAUUGCCAACAAAAACAAUGGGUGAAGCUGUUCUUGGGCGUGUGUGACUGGCAAGACAGCCACUAGCCAUGCCUGAGAUGAACCAUAUUUUUCUGCGUAAGUUAAGAGAUUUGUUUCAACUUUUCCAUUUGCUUUUUAAGUUAUCUCCUCUUAGUUCUUCAGUCUGAUCAUUUGUUAGCUUUGUCAGAUCAAAACUAGAAUAAGAACUAAAAAAGUCCAGCACUUUCUAAGCUCACUGUAGAGUAAGCAGGGCAUCUGCAAAUCACAGAGAAGUAUAUCUCUGCACCUUUUUAUCUUAAUAACUUGUGAAAUCAUGCUGUUUCAACACAAUGCUGAAAAAUGGAGAAUUUUUGUUAAUACCCAGUUGUAAAUAAAUGUUAACUGUUUAAUACAACUUUAAACAAAAAAUUUACUCUGAAAUACUACCUUCUGAAAUCUUGUCUGUUUACUGCAGCUAACCUGCCCCUGCCCGCCCCUCAACCCUCUGUCCAGAAAAGUAGUCCUAGUUAUCUGAAGCUUGUAAAAUAACAUUCAUGUGAUAACAGCAUGGUUGGUUGGUUGGUUGAUUACACACUUUGUAGAUCAUUGUGUUACAGAUUUCUGGGAAUGCAGGUAGCUCAGGUUUGCUGUGCAUAGUAAUUGCGUUCUCUGGGCUUCUCCAGGAUUUUAAAGAUUUUUUGGGAGAGUUCAUAGCAACCAAUUAAUGGGUGUCUCCCAGGAAGCUGCCUAUCACUACCCCGCUGCCCCCCAAAUUAAAAUUUUACAGAGACUAUAUAUUAGAAGGCAAACCCCACCUUUGAACUGGUGCACUAAGGAACCCUCACUGGGAUGGUGCAAAUCCUACCCCUCUUGUCUCCCAAAACCAGAGAAACAGUCUGCUAAGUUUGCUGUCUGAAGGAAAUUGAAGGAAUUUCAGUAAAUUUUACAGGUGAGAAGAUUAAAGUGCCUGAGCACUAAAUGCUUCAUUUACCAUAUUAAAUUGUAUAGGAAUAUAAGUAUAUAUAAUACAUAUUUCUCAAAUCAAAGCACAAAUUUAGAUUUACCAUAGUGUUGUAAGAGUUUGCCAAUUAAAAUGUGUUCAUUAGAAAAAGAUAAACACAUGGAGGAGGGGUGUGUGUGUGUGUCUGUGUGUGUGUGUGUGUAAAAGGCUGAAAAAUAGAAACUCAAUAAAUCCAAAAGAAGUGCCAAAAAGAACAAAAAUGCACCUCUGAGGUUAACUGGUCAGCUAUGUAUUAUCAAACCAGAUAAUGAAAACAGUUACACAGUCGAUAAUUGUACUUCAUAACUAUCAUAGAAUUGUUACUUUUGUUUAGCUAAGAAAAUACAGAUGUGUACACUGUAAAUGUAUCUCAAGUGGUAUUAGACAUUACAUGAAAAAAGAAGUAAAUCUAUUUUUAAAUUUCCUGUCAAAGUAUUAAGUGACUUACUAUCACUCUUAGAAAUUCCUACCUAUAGACAUGUCUGUCUUCAUGAAACAGAAACACCUCUGUACAAUAAAUUCUAAUUUUAUCAUG